UCUUCUUUCAGUUAUGAUUCUUUUUUGUAGGACCUUCUUUAUAGGUGUCUGAUUUUUAUAACAAUUUUAGAUAAUUAUUAAAAGUAACAACUAAGAAGUUUCAAGUAAAAAGAUUAUUUAAAAGCAGUUAAUUAUUCACGUGAUACACAAAAUACCAAGGCGUGCUAAUCGUUUUAAAUAAACAAAACUACCGUAAUGCAUUAUUAGUAAUGUAGAUACAUUGUCGCAUUAUAUCACCGCUGCAAUAACAGUGAAUGUGUUUUUUAAGAUGUCCGAUGAAUCUUUAGAUGAUGAGCUCAAAUCAAAGCUUUUCUCUCUACUUCGUACUAACGAAGACAAAUUCGUGGAUGAGUUUGUCCAAAUACCGAAAGACACCAUCAAAACAUACGCCAAUUGUGUUCUUGUAGACGACACAAUUUUACAAGUAGCGUGUUAUUUGAAUUUAAAAAAAGCUGUAGAAACUUUACUAGACAAUGGGGCCGAUCCAACAUUGACCACCACCAAGAACAAAAAAACGCCCCUGGAAAUCACCAUAAGCCGUGGAUUUUACCGAAUAUUCCACGUUCUCAUCAACAACGACAAUGUCCAUAUAAAAUCGAAUGAUCUUCUCAUUGAACUUUUGCAUCGAGUGUCCAAAGUAAAAGAGCCACAGAGAAGAUAUUUCAAAGCGUGUUACGACGCGUACCUCAGUUCGAAAAAGAAACCAGACGUCAAUCUACCCACCGAUAAAGGAGUCACCCCGUUGGAAUACGCAAUCAAAUAUUGCUCUCAAGAUUUGAUCUUAGAUCUACUAAAACACGGGGCUUCUUUGGCCCUAAGGACUUCCAGCGAUAAUCCUAAUUUACUGGUAGAAUUCAUAGACAGUUCCACUUUAAAAAAACACUUAGACCAAUGCUUAGAAGUCGAUCUGCACUAUUUAAAAUGCAACGAUGACAAAGAGAGCCUCAAAAUAUAUUACAAUUACAAAUCUCUGAUGCCGCCUCCUCUAAAGGUUAAAACAGACGAGAAUUUUAAGUCGACAAACUCCAUAACUUCUCAAAAAUUUACCAGCAACAUCUCAAAAUUACAUGAAAUAGUAAAAAUUGAGGAAGAGAAUCCGCUAAUCGACGAAAACGGUUACGAGAUCCAGGCGGAGAUGGAAACUAUUUUAUGCAUCUGUAACAAUCCUGAUUUGAAGCAUCUUAUCAAUCAUCCGGUGAUAACGAGUUUAAUUUUUAUGAAAUGGAGACAGAUAUCGUGGUUUUAUAACAUAAAUCGUCUUCGAUUAAUCACCAUGUUUAUAUUGUUUCUACUACAGGCGCUUAGUUUCCAUACAAUCCACGGAAAUCUAUCGAUAAUCCUAAUCUUCAUCAGAUUUUUUAUGUUAUUCUUUUUAUUACUACAAAUGGGUGUAAUCGCAAGUGGAGGAUUAUUAGGAACAAGUGUUUUAUACUUUAGUUUAAACGAUUUACCAGAAUUGAUAUGUUAUAUUCUCAUACUGACACUUCCCCCAAUUUGGGGAAGGUCUUUGUCUGCUUUGGUGGUGUUUUUCUUGUCUUUCAGACUCUUAUUCACCCUCGGUGAACAGACCACGCAUGUCCAAAUGUUCAAAGUUGUGACCUACAACUUUUUCGGGGUCCUUUUCACGUAUAUGAUACUCGUUUUUGGAUAUGCUGUUAGUCUAUAUACUCUGAUAACGGAAAAUGUGAGUGAGAAAAGUUUAUCCACCUCAAACUCGAAUGAUACAGACGAAAUCAACACCAAAUCACUAAAAACCUUAGGAUUGUCGUUGUAUAAAUCAUUCCUUAUACUCGCUGGGGAUUUUUGGACCGUCCCUUUGCAGCCUUUAAUUCCCGUGGUUAGCGACAUUCUUUUCGUAAUUUUUGUUCUAAUAGUUCCGAUCAAUUUGCUCAACUUUCUUGGUGGUUUAGCUGUAUCUGAUGUCCAGCAAAUCCAACAAGAAGCAAAACUGUCUGGACUUAAGUCCCAAAUUAAACUAAUCACUUCGCUGGAAUCGGAUUUGAUUGGAAAUGAAAAUCAGUUUCAAGGAAAAUCGAUCUUUAGUAGGAUCUCUUUCAAGAUAAAAAAGAAAAUCCAAAAGUUGAUUCAGUGUCGACAAGGUAAGCAAUCGUUUGCAAAAGAAAUAUGCCUUUUUCCUUACGUUUUGGAAAACUACAAAUUAACAGUGUAUCCAAAUCAACAAGGAAGGAUUGAAAUUAGGAAAGACGAUAUCAAAAAACUUAGUAACAAUUGCCUAAGUGGUUUGCCAUUUGUGUCUUCCAUAAUUAAUAAAUCUGUAUUAAGAUUGGAUCAACAUGUCACGUCCCAAACACACUUAUUAAUGAAAGAAAAAAAGGAAGCUCUCAUACGAGGAAACGAAGAAUUGUCCCGUUUAAGGUACUUGGAGGAGUCGAUCGAAGUGGUCAAAAAUGGACAAAGAAAUUUACUUAAAAAAGUAGAUUCAUUAUUAGCCAAAAUUGAGACAAUAUCCAAAAGAUGAUUAAGUACAAAAUCCAGUACUAAAUUAUAAUAUUUAUAUACAAAAACCUAUUAAGUACAACUCGUCAUCAGUAUUGUUUUAAUUUAUAAA